AUGUCCGACGAGAUACAGUCUAGCCAAACGUCACCCAAUGGUGCCCAGAGGCUCAACGGCAGUGUCAGCGGCCCCUCACCCGGUGGAGGUGCUGGGCCGACGCCAAACCCCCGGUCGUGCGUUACCUGCCGUAGGCGCAAGGUCAAAUGCGACAAAAAGAACCCGUGUUCCAACUGCGUGCGCGCCAAAAUCGACUGCAUCUUCCCUGGGCCUGGACGCGCGCCGCGAAAGAGCAGAAAGCCACCCGAUGCCGAGUUGUUGGAGAGACUGCGCCGCCUGGAGGGCGUCGUCACCAGUCUGAACGCUCAGGUCGAGGGCCACGAGCAGGAGGCGGCCGACCGCGAGAGGGAGCGACAGAACAGCGCAAGCGCAGAGGGAGGCUGUCCGAGCGGGCAGCCCCAGGUCCCAUGGCCGACCAAGCAGCAUGGCGCAAGAGUCGAAACCGACAACAGUGUAGAGGGCCUUGAGAACCGCUUCGGACGGCUGGUGGUGGAAAAAGGUCGGAGUCGCUACAUCAACAACAGCUUCUGGGCCUCUCUGAACAACGAGGUCGAAGACCUCAAGUCGAUCCUCAUCGAGCCAUCCGACGACGAAGAUGAUGCGCCCUCGCCCGAGUCCUCCAACAUGUCCUCACACCAGAGCUUCGUCUUUGGUUACAGCUCCUCCAACGUCGACAUGCACGCGCUACACCCUCCCGAACAGCAAGCGCGCGAAUUCUGGGACGUCUACAAGGACCACGUCGAGUCUUUGGUCAAAGUGCUCCACGUUCCCAGUUUCGAACCUGUCAUCUUCGACGCUUUUGCGCAUAUCGACAAAGUGAGCAAAGGAAUGGAAACACUCUUGUUCGCCAUAUACUACGGCGCAGUAACAAGCACAACCGCGGAAGUCUGUCUGGAGAGGUGGGGCGAAGACCGAAACACACUCCUUAACAAAUAUCGGUUUGGGUUGGAACAGGCGCUGGCAAGAGCAAACUUCCUCUACUGCGACGAAGUCAUCAUCCUCCAAUCCUUUGUCAUCUUCCUCGUCUUACUGCGGCGCAACGACGACGCGCGCAAGAUUUGGACUCUGACUGGCUUGGCAGUGCGCAUUGCGCAGACGCUUGGUAUACACCGAGAUGGUAGUCAUUUUGGCCUGCCGCCAUUCGAGAUCGAAAUGCGUAGGCGCCUGUGGUGGCAGGUCUGCAUUCUUGAUGCGAGAUCUUCGGAAGAUCACGGUUGCGAUCCGACCAUUGUCGAAGCCCAGUUUGACACCAAGAUGCCACUUAAUGUCAACGAUACCGACCUACACCCCGACAUGACCGAGUUUCCCGAAGACCGCCAAGGUUUCACCGACAUGACCUUCUGCCUCCUUCGUUUCGAAAUCACCCACAUUUUCCGCCGUAUCAUAUACGUCCCCCCGGGCCCUAAUAGAUGCACCGAAUAUUUCUCUGGUUUGACAAUUGAGCAAAAGGAGAAAUGGAUUAGCGAUGCUCACCAGGCCAUGGAAGACAAGUAUCUUAAGAAUUGCGAUAUGAGUAUUCCGAUCUGUUGGGUUACAGCGACUAUCUCAAGGCUCAUCAUGAGCAAGAUGUGGUUGGUUGUCUAUCACCCACACCAACGGAAAGACGGAGGCGCCACACUGCCGCAAGAGACCAAAGACAAACUCUUCAUCACCUCGCUUGAGAAUGUCGAGUACUCCAUCCUACUCGAGACCGAAGCGCGUACCAUGAAGUGGGGCUGGCUCUUCCGCACAUAUGUCCAGUGGCACGCCAUUGCCUUCCUGCUCUCUGAAUUAUGCGUCCGCACCAAAGGCGAGGCUGUAGAGCGCGCAUGGAGAGCCCUGGAAGCAACUGCUGGCCGUUGGUGGUUCCCGCUCAACGAUGCUUCACCACUACGUAAAGGCCAACAAGGAACUCUUUGGAAACCGCUACGAAAACUUCUUGCAAAAGCAAGGGCAGCGCGGGAACGAGAGCUGGCUCUCGAGCGGGCUAGCCUGGCUCUCCGGAAUGGGCAGUUUGCCAACAGCGCAUUUGCUUUCCAAGGUCCGAAUGCGCUGAAUCAGACAAACCAGUCAGUAGCCACUGCAGCUCAACACGAAGCCAAGAUCUUGGACAGCAUGUUGCGACCUUCGGCACCGAAACUAGGUGAGAUGCCUAGCGCUGAACUUCCGAGUUGGCCCAGCAGCCCUGCGCAAGCCAAGUCACGAACGAACUCGCUGCAAGAUGGAAAGAGCUCGAUUCAGCAACAACCAUUGCCAAACGAACAGUCAAACAGCGCAAGAGGCAAGAGCGCCUCUCCUGGAAAGGAUUUUGGGGAUUUGUUCGAAUACGGCCUUGAUAACGUGAUCAACGACGUUAUGGGAUCUGGUGGGGUCCUCGACGGUACAGUCCUAAACUGGCCCGCAUAUACCCCCACGACCAUGACCGCUCAGCCUGCUACCUCGAACACCACCUCAACACACUCAUACGGCACACACGGGAUGAACCCGCCCACAGCCGCAAAUGGCUAUCCUACGUUCGGAGAUGGCAUGCUUCCAACCACAAGUAUGGAUUUUAGCAUCGAUAGCAGUGGUACUGCGGGUUUGAGUAAUGCCAAUAUCAAUGGCAAUAGGCAGCAGCACGUUCAAGAAGCUGUCAUGAUGGAUGAUGGGGAUAUGGACUGGACACUUUGGGAUGACAUGGUGAAUCAGUAUGGGAUUGAAGGAACCCCGACGAAUCCGGCUAGUACGGCUGGCCUCGUGCCCUGGUUCUGA